AUGGGCCUUCCUCAGCGGUCUCUACCUCAGGCCCUGCAAAUGCAAACGUUAGGAAUGGACCUGCACCCCUCAUUUCCCCAGCAGUUUUGUGAAAGGGAUCCCAAAGAACCCCCGAGCACAGUUCUCCUUUGCAGUACCCCUUCCCCAAAUGAGCCUACACUGCAGGCUCCUGGCCACACUACCGAACCAUCCAUUCUGCUAGGCACCAGGAAGCCAGAAAAGAGCCUGAAUCCCCGUGUCCUUGUUCUCAAAGCAGCUCGUUUCAUGUCUCCAAAUUCCCUUCCAGCACGGGAAGUCUCCAUAAUCAAGAAAUUCACCUGA